CAAUAUGGCGUUCCCCACUUAGGCAGUGCUGUGGCUGCUACCCUAGAUGGCGGUGGGCAGCGCUGACUCGAGGCUGUUGUCUGUCUAACCCAGGCUGCAGAAAGCUGCAGUUAAAGUUCGCUUCUGGUCACGGCUCCAGAAACCCACCCUCGUCUGAGGGUCAAGAAUCGCUGCUUCCUUCUAGUUCCCGCAAGUUCCUCAUCUGCUUCUAGCUUGUUUCCCGCGCCACCUCCGGACACCCUCAAGUCCCUGACACCCCCAGACUCAAACUAUGAGCCUUCGGCAGCUGCUUUUGCGCUUGCCCUGUUAUCUCGGGGCCUCGGGGCCCCGGCGUGGCGCCCUCGACACCAUCUCCUCGGUGGUCUCCUGGCGUGGCCAGUCCUCCAGGUCCCCGGCCCACUGGAACCAAGUGGUGUCAGAGGCGGAGAAGAUCGUGGGCUACCCCACGUCCUUCAUGAGCCUCCGCUGCCUGCUGAGCGACGAGCUCAGCAACAUCGCUAUGCAGGUGCGGAAGCUGGUGGGGACUCAGCACCCUCUGCUUACCACAGCCAGGGGCCUUGUACACGACAGCCAGAAUAACCUCCAGUUGAGGGGCUUGGUGGUGCUACUUAUUUCUAAGGCAGCUGGGCCCAGCAGUGUGAAUGCUUCAUGUCAGAGCUAUGACAUGGUCAGUGGUAUCUAUUCAUGUCAAAGAAGUUUGGCAGAAAUCACAGAACUUAUCCAUACUGCUCUCCUUGUACAUCGUGGGAUAGUAAAUUUAGAUGAAUUGCAGUCUUCUGAUGGGCCACUGAAAGACAUGCAGUUUGGAAAUAAAAUAGCUAUCCUGAGUGGAGACUUUCUUCUAGCAAAUGCCUGCAAUGGACUAGCUCUGCUACAGAAUACCAAGGUUGUGGAACUUUUAGCAAGUGCUCUUAUGGAUUUGGUACAAGGAGUAUACCAUGAAAAUUCUACUUCAGCAAAGGAAAAUCGUAUCACAGAUGAUAUUGGAAUAUUGACUUGGAAGGAGCAGACUUUUCUCUCCCAUGGUGCCUUAUUAGCAAAGAGCUGCCAAGCUGCAAUGGAAUUAGCAAAGCAUGAUGCUGAGGUUCAGGAUAUGGCAUUUCAGUAUGGGAAGCACAUGGCCAUGAGUCAUAAGAUAAAUUCUGAUCUCCAGCCUUUUAUUAAAGAAAAGACCAGUGACUCCUUGACUUUUAAUCUAAACUCAGCUCCUGUAGUCUUACAUCAGGAGUUUCUUGGAAGAGACUUGUGGAUUAAGCAGAUCAGAGAGGCUCAACGGAAAGGAAGAUUAGACUAUGCUAAGUUGCGAGAAACAAUCAAAGCUGGCAAAGGUGUGACUUCAGCUAUUGACCUGUGUCGUUACCAUGGAAACAAGGCACUGGAGGCCCUGGAGAGCUUUCCUCCCUCGGAGGCCAGAACUGCUUUAGAAAACAUUGUGUUUGCUGUGACCAGAUUUUCGUGACACCAAAUUAAAAAGACUAUUGUUCGUUAGCUGAAAAAAACUGGGGAAUGAGGUGAUCGGGAGAGCUUUCAUGAUGAAAGAUCUAAAUGUGUUAAUGACUUUAACAACAUAUACAUUUUUUUUUCUUUUUACCACACUGCUAAAUGAAUACUGCCUUCUUUUUGGAACUGCUACAAACAAAAUUAGAAGAAAAAAGGUCAAGCAGUUUUCAGUUGUCACGCCAGAAGCACACUUGAGGCUUCAGUAGCAGAAAUAAUUAAUGAGAUUCGCUCCUGUGACCUCAGCAAAUGGACAGGAAAUAAGUCCUUAUUGAUUGGACUGAGCCAGGGAUGGCGCCAGGGCGGUGGCCUGUGGUUUUCCUUCUAGAGAGGACAGGGCAAGCUGGAAGCUGCAGGUGUCAAGAGAAACACUAUCAAUGCCAGCCAGGGAGGACUGUCAAAUCAAAAACCAGUGACCAAUUUUUCUUAACGGAGGGUAGUUUAAUAAUUAAGAAAAAAAAACAUGCUUUGUCUUCUUGCAAUUAUGUCUUUGUAUUUAUAGAUGCAGUAUGGAUAUACUUUGUGCUUCUUGGGUUCUGUAAGAUUUUGCGGGGGAAACUGCUGAAAAAAUAAUGCCAAAUAUUUGAAGUAGGAGAUUAAAAUGUUAUCAAAUGUUAACUUGGUUAUAGUAGGAAUUGCCUGUUUUUCUUUCUGGAAGACCAAAUUUUUUCAAACACAUUUCAAAGAACCAAACUUUUUUUUUUU